AUGUCGUCCUCAUCAGUGCCCUUCCUCUGUGAAUCACUGUCACCACUAGAAUCACUUUAUUUUUGUGACGUCAACAUCUUGAAGUGCUCUUUUGUUGACUGUUUUGUGAUUCACACACAAAUUGUUUUGUGA